CAAGCCAACACAAAAGAGUAAAACUAUUAUAUCAUUGAUAAACUUACUCCAUCAAAUAACCAUGAAAAUUGAAGUUCGCAGAAGAGAUAUAAUCAAGCCAUCUUCUCCAACUCCUCAAAGUCUCAGAACUUACAACUUCUCCAUUGUGGAUCAGCUCUCUGUGAACGUCAAGAUCCCCUACGUCCGCUUCUACGACUCCCCAGGUAGCUCAAGAGACUACAAUGGCGUCGUUGACGAGCUCAAGAAAUCUCUCUCCCAGACGCUUUCGCUCAUGUACCCGCUGGCCGGAAGGAUCAAGGAGGACCGAUCAUCAAUCGAAUGCAACGACCAAGGCGUCGAGUUUAUUGAAGGUGAUGUUGCAGAGAGCCUGAGUUCUUUCCUGGAAAAUCCUGAUUUUGAGAUGAUCAGAGAGAUGGUUCCCUGUAAUCCUUUUACUGGGGCGUUCGAGCCCAACCCCGACGGAAGAGUUCUGGUCAUUCAGGUGAAUCGGUUUAGCUGCGGCGGAAUAUCGGUCGGGUUGAUCAUGUCUCACGCCAUAGGCGAUGGCGCCUCCAUCAGCGUGUUCGCCAACACUUGGGCCAGGAUCAACCGCGGUUGCGCCGUCGUGGACGACGGCGGGUUCAUCUUCGACGCAUCUAAAAUCUUCCCGCCGGUGAAGAACACCGCUGAUCUUGAUCAAUUCGCCAGGGUGGCCAGAGGGGCUGCAGAGUCUCAAGAGAAAUACGUGGUGCGAAGAUUCUACAUUCCCGCCUCCGCCAUAGAUCAACUCAGGGAGCAAUUACGUCUCAUCUCUCAUUACCGCCCCUCCCGCGCAGAAGCUCUUAUAGCGGUCGUAUGGGACGCGGUGAUCGCCGCAAAUCAAAAAAGACACAAGGGACGUAUAAACCUCCACGUCUUAACCAGCAUCCUCAACCUGCGGAACAGGAUGGAGCCGCCGUUCCCGGAAAACUGUCUGGGAAACAACACCUACGGCGCCACAGUCCAUUGGAACCAACCCACGGAAGGAAACCCCAGCCGCCACGCCCUGGCGCUGAAAUUCCGCGACGCAAUCCGGGGCGUCAACGACGAAGCUGCGAGGAGGCGAUACGGCAAAGGGGGAUUCCUGCACACCGCGCUGCCCAUAAUGAGCGAAAUCAUCAAGCACGAAGGGUCCAAGAAGAACAUGUACUGCCUUUACACCAGCAGCCUGCUGGGGAUGCAGGUUUACGCGGCGGAUUUCGGGUGGGGGAAGCCCAGAUGGGCGGUGAAUGCGCAGGUGAUGAAAGAUUCGGUGGUUUUUAUGGAGGGGAGAUUUGGGGGAGUUGAUCUGUGGAUGGGAUUGCCAGAGGAGCUUAUGAACAUAGUCAUGAAAAACCCACAGUUUGUUGAGUUUGUUUCUGCUGGUUUUUCUAAAUCAAAGCUAUGAAUUGAAUGGUUGAAGAAGACGAUGACUAUAGAGCAUGAUCUAUCUAUGCCUUAAUGUUCAAGUUUAAUCUUUAUUUAAUUUCUUUUGAAUAAUAAAUGAUUUUUUUUUUUUUUUUUUUUUUUGGAAAAGAGGCAACGGAAAUUCAAAUCUAAAUAAAUGUUGAGUG